AUGCUCAAGCACUGGCCACCCCUGAACGCCCUGCGGGGCUUCGAAGCCGCCGCCCGGCUCGGCAGCUUCCAUCGCGCCGCCGAGGAACUGCACCUGAGCCAAUCGGCCAUCAGCCAGCAGAUCCGCGGCCUGGAAGACGCCCUGCAGCAACCGUUGUUCUUCCGCCAGGGUCGCAGCGUCACCCUUACCGACGCCGGCCUUGAUCUGCUGGAAACCACCCAGUCCCUGCUGCGCCAGCUGGCCAGCGGCAUCCGCCGGCUCGAUCAAUACCGCAAACCCAAUCAAUUGAUCGUCAACACCAGCCCGGCCUUUGCCCGCCAUUGGCUGGUGCCGCGCCUGGCGGAGUUCCAUCGCCUGAAUCCCGGCGCCGACCUCUGGCUGCUGACAAGCGAGGAAGCACCCGAUAUGACCACGCAGACGCUGGACGUGGCGGUGCGUGAUGACCUCGACUCACAGGCGCAGUGCCAGCAUCGGGUGCUGCUGCAGGAUCGCCUCUAUCCGGCCUGCCAUCCGGCCCUGCUCGCCACGCCUGUGCACGAACGACUCACCCUGCAUGGCGAGCGCGAGAUGGACUGGAGCCAGUGGCAGCCUGCCAAGGGCUGGGCAUCGCACUGGUCAGCGAACUGCUGA